AUGGCGACGUCCGAGCAGUUCCUGACCAAGAAUUACGAGAAGUGGAACAACUUCCAGGAUGACUCGGACUCUGACAGUGAAGAUGUGCCUCGUGUGCCCACCCAGUUCGAGGUGGAAGGCGAUGCCGACAUUGUGGUGAGCACGGAGAUGCUGCUGACGCCCAAGCAGGUGGAGCGCUACCGCAAGCUGGAGAAGAAGCAGUUGGAGGUGUGGCAGGUGGUGGUGCGCCAGCUCCGAGUGUGGUCGGCGUCCAGCGCCGGCGCUGAGGAGGGACAAGACGCCGUGCCCUGCCGCCCGUACUGCAUUCUGGUGAACAACCUGUACCCGCUGGGGCAGGUGGUGUCCAAGAAGAUCUGUGACCCGCCGGAGGUGUACCCGUCGCCCCAGACCGUGCUGGACCUGACGCUGCAGGCCAUGCUGGACCCACCCACGAGCACGCCCCAGCACCGCCCCGACAAGGUCGUGUUCCCGGACAAGAACUUUGUGGGGCAGCUGCGCAAAAGCUACUCGGCGCUGGGGAUCGAGUGCUCAUAUCUCUCCGAGUCGGACGGCAUCGAUGCUUAUAUUCAGGAGCUCUCGCAGCACUUGAUCCGCAAGGAUCUUGCGUCCGUGGCGGAGGUGAGCGAGCGUCCUGGACUGAUUUCGGGCGCUGGAGUCACGACCGAGGCGCUGUCCGCCUUCUACUCGGCCUGCGAUAAAUACGCCAAGCUGGAGCCGUGGAACCGCCUCGCCGAGCGCCAGGCCAUUCAGGUGGACGCGGUGGGGGAGGAAGAGCUGCGGCUGGAUGCGCGUCACCAGGUUGGCCGAGGCACUGUCUUCUCGUCUGUCAUCAGCACGCACACGGGCAGUGGGCCGAACGGCGAAAGUGGUGACCAUAUCCGCGGUUUGGCGCUGUUUUACACGCGCGCUGAUCUUGAGCGCCGCGUGCUGCCUCCUGGAGAGAAGCUGGCACUAAUGGAGAACCCGGAGCUGCGUCGUUGUGCCAAGUGCGACAAACGCGCUGCCCCGGGCAAGGAGCUCAAGCGCUGCACCCGCUGCAAGUGCACCUUCUACUGCGACGCGCAAUGCCAGCGAGGACACUGGAAGGACCACAAGGUCAGCUGCACUCCCCCUGGAGACGCUGCUAGCGGCGCUGGCGAGCACAAGAUCGUGUGGGGUGCGAAGGAGAUGUCGAUCCUCUACGGCCCGCAGACGUCCGUGCCCUUCGACGACCUGGACGUUGUCGCGAAACACUCGUUGCCCAUUGCCAAGGUCAAGCUCGAGGCUCUCUACCCGUCGGCUGUCGUGUUCCGCAAGGGUGUUCCGAGCGUGCCCGAUGUGACUGAGCUGGCAUGGCUGACUCGAGCUCUGAACGCGCAGAUCGAGAUUGUGAGUAACCAGCCUCUGUUCAUGCAGAACACAAUGGGCGAGCUGCUGGGUCUGGACGAGCACAACGGCGAGCAGCGCAAGGUGGAGCUGAAGUGCAAGACGUUCGGCUUGGACGACGAGCUCGUGAUCCGCAACAGCACCGUGCUCACCAUGCAGGACGUGGAGCGGUUGCGGAAGGUGAUCAAGAAGCAGCAAGAAGGGGCCAAGGAAACGUCCAAGGAGGCAACGAAGGGCAAGGCCGAGAGCGACGACGACGAUGAUUACAACGACGGUGAGGAUCUGCAGGACGGCGAGAAGGGAUGCGUUGUCAUGUGA